CCCAUUUAAAUCCUUCUACAAUUUGCUCGUCUUCUCAACCCGUUUUUCUUCACACAAAACAUCUCGCUUGAAAAUCAAAGAGAGCCCCGAAUUAAGAACAAGGGGUCGUAUUUCUAAUGGGUGCUUCAGCAAAGUGGAUUAAAUCGUUGAUUUCACUCAAAAAGACUCAGUCUUGCGAUCAUGAAAAGGGUAGUGGGAAGAGCAAAAAAUGGAAGCUAUGGAGGACUACAUCUGGUGGGCUGUCAGUGAUGUCCAGAGGGGUGAAAAGAGGCGGGCGGACGCCUGAAUCAGAAGAAUCUGAAUCUUCAUCAUGUGGGUAUGAGAGUGCCAUGGCUGCAGCUGUGGCUAGAGCUCCGCACAUAGACUUCUCAGUGCUCAGGCAAGAAUGGGCUGCUAUUAGAAUCCAGACCGUAUUUCGAGCUUUUCUGGCAAAACGUGCUCUUAGGGCCUUGAAAGCACUAGUCAGGCUACAGGCAAUAUUUCGUGGUCGACAGGUUAGAAAGCAAGCUGCUGUGACCCUGAGGUGUAUGCAGGCUUUGGUGCGAGUUCAAGCUCGAGUUAGAGCUAAUUGCAUCCAAACAUCACUAGAAGGACAGUCUCUGAAAAAUUGUGUAUCAGAAAAUGAAGACCAAGCUGAUAUGAUCAAACAGGCAGAGAAUGGGUGGUGUAACAGUCGUGGUACAGUGGAAGAAGUAAGAUCUAAGUUACAAAUGAAGCAAGAAGGAGCAGUCAAAAGGGAAAGGGCCAUUGCAUAUGCACUUUCUCAACCGCAAUCUAGAAGGAAGCCGUAUUCAAACAGGGCAUUAUCCGGUGACAAUAUGAACAAGCACAAUUCUGGACUAAGCUGGCUGGAACGUUGGAUGGCAACCAAGCCAUGGGAGAGUAGGCUGAUGGAAGGAUUCCAUACGAGCUCAUUGGAUAUGACUCCAAUUUCUUCGAAAUAUGACCGCGACAGUGUUGGGUCCUUUUCAAAUUCAUUAGAGAAUGAUUCGGUCAAAAUUAGGCGAAACAAGGUUUCUACUAGGAUUUCUGCACGACCGUCAACAGAUGAUAAGCUUAUUCGAACAUCCUCUGAUCCAAGCUCUGAAUGUUUAUACGAUGAGAGCACCACAUCAACUUCAUCCUUGUCAACUUCUGAAACUCCAGGGUCAAAUGAGGCUCCAGUGGAUGGAUAUGGUAUUAAGCUUAGCUUCAUGAAUGCCACAGAAUCUAUCAAGGCCAAGCAGAGAGCUUCCCCAUAUCAGUCUCGUAGCAUGCAGAUGCGCUCUGCUGAUAACCUACAAUUUUACAGGAAGCCAAGCUCAUUUUGUGGAAGCAUAAACAGGAGGAGUGCUGAUUCAGAUCUUCAUUCAGUCCAGUUGUGCAAGGAUCUUUAUCCACCUGUUCAGUUGGGUAAAUAUAAUCGUAUGAGAAGUUGAAAGAUGGUAUGCAGCAAGCUAUUGACUGCUAAUUACAGACUUAAAUCCUGUCUACCGCUCAAGAAGAUGGUCUAGAACAAAUUCAACAUCUUGUUGGCUUGAUUUUGCCCUGCUGUAGAGAAUAGCUUUAUUUAUCAAAACACUUGGUUGCUUUGCCUAUGUUAUUACAGACGCUUUAGGUUCAUUGAAAAGACAGUUGAUACUAAGAAUAGUUCUGCUCCUUAAUACUUGGUACAGAAUUAAUAGAAAUGAGCUUGUCUAUCUUAGUGCGCGGGGGCUGUCUGGUGCUUUUCAGGUCAUCUUCUCUUGUAUUGUGCAGUGAAAAGUUGCUGUCUUGCUGCUGAUGCCUGAAAGCUAAAAUAAUUUAUGUUUGUUGUCAAGAUUUUUGUUGACGCGUUAUGG